AUGGCAAAUAAACAAAAAACCUACAAAACAAAGACCGUAAUGUGAUUACAGUGACGAGUGUAGACGUGAUUGCUUUAUUAUAUGGCUAUCAAAAUGUAAAGUACUUCGAGUAACAAAGCAGUUGAACAAAUUAUCCCCGUUGUAUUAUAUUUGUGUUUGUUCUGAUAAUAAAUGCUCUUUAAAGAGUCUGCGUCACGGCCACGGCGAUAACUUCGCCCGGCUUAUCUCCAGUUACGUAAGACAGUGUUCAUAGAAAGUAUUUGCAUUGAUCAAAAAGUGCGUGAAGCGAAUAUCAUCCGUGAAGGCAGCACAUAAGAUCAGCUCUGAGUAUGGAUCCGGAAGCCUUUUUGGAUGUGGCCAAUCAGGUCAUCAAACUGAAAAUGUUCCCGUUCUUCGACAUAGCGCACAGUUUACUUGCCGCGCUGGCCGUGCGCGAGGAUUUGGGCGCAAAUGCUCAGGCAUUCUCCAGAAAGCAUCCGCUCGCCUGCUGGCUGUCCACAAUGUUGGUCAUUUUUGCUGGCGGUAUGGUCGCCAAUGGCCUGCUUGGUGAGCCCAUAUUGGCGCCAUUAAAGAACACCGGACAGCUGUUUGUGGGAAGCGCAGUUUGGUAUAUUGUCUUCUAUACGCCUUUUGAUAUUGGCUACAAAAUUGGAAAGUUUCUGCCUGUGAAAAUUGUGGCCAGUGCCAUGAAGGAAAUCUAUCGUGCAAAAAAGGUUUAUGAUGGAGUUGGUCACGCUGCUAAAUUGUAUCCCAAUGCCUGGAUAAUUAUGAUCAUAAUUGGCACUCUUAAGGGCAAUGGAGCGGGCUUUACGAAGUUGAUAGAACGUCUCAUUAGAGGCGCAUGGACACCAACGGCCAUGGAAUUUAUGCAGCCAACCUUCUAUACCAAGGCCUCUCUGCUAGCUUCCAUAAUCUUCGUAUUGGACAAAAAGACGGACUGGAUCUCAGCACCACAUGCAUUGGUUUACUUUGGCAUUGUUAUAUUUUUGGUUUACUUUAAGCUGUCAUCGAUUCUGCUUGGGAUUCACGAUCCCUUCUUGCCAUUGGAGAACUUAUGCUGUGCCAUAUUCUUCGGCGGCAUUUGGGAUAGCUUGGCUAAGAUUCUUGGUCGCGGUCAGGUCAAAGAUGGCGACAGCAAAGACGUUAAGAAAAACAAUUAAAAUACAUAUAAUUAAACAAAAUUUAGUUUGCGAAUUCUGAGUGCUGCCAACCAAAGUUAUAAUUUUAAAAUCGAAACAAAAACGUAUAUAUUUAAUGUCCCAUAAGUCAUAUAAUAAUGCUAUAAGUAAUUGUAGGAGACUCGAUAACGACAAAUUUUAGUUGAAUGAAGAAGACUUUUGAGGCAAUGGGUAAUCGUAUUCAAUGAUACGCAGCUAGUGGGUGUGUCUGCUGAUGAUUGACUUUGAUUGUACAUUUAGUUGAUUUACAUUUUAUAGUUUAAGUUUUCAAAACGAAUCGACACAAUUGCUGUGUAUUGGGAAUAGUAAAGGGCUCCGCUCUGAACUUGAAUGUUCAUUAUUAUUUACGACUUGAAAUUGAAUGAAACAAAAUCACUGAAGUUUUAGUUUAAAAUGAAAAAUACAAAAAACGACAAUUAUUUAAGUUGCAUGUUUUGAGUCUGCUAUUUUGUUAAGUUCUCAUAAAUUGUUAAAGACAGACAAACUGGGUGCCAAAGUUAAAAUUAAACUACAUAUUUAUAUGGACAUUCCUGAUUAACAAUAUGUAGGUAUCUGGUGUGUUUAUUUAAAUACGCAUUUUAAAAUUGAUUUGUUUAAUAUUCUAUUCUAACUCUCAUUUGUGCCAAACUGUAUCGAGCUGUUACUCAAAAAUGAUAUGUAUUUAUGCCCAAUGUUUAACAGUUUAUGUGUUCUUCGGUCUGCCGAAGUUAAUAGUUUGUUUUAUCCAUGUAUGCUUUUGUGAACACGCAUACAAACAUAAGCCAUUUGAAUUGUUUUUAAAAGAUGGGAUUGAUUCGUGCGUAAGGGGUAUCAAUAUUUAUUGGUUGUAGAAAAAACAAUGUAAAAUAAAUAUAUACGCACACUUUUUUUUCAAUACAUAUUGUAUUCAUGACUUUGAAAUUUGUAAAAUUAAAUGUGGGGAGAAAACGGAUUACUAAAAUAUACUACGCAAAUGUCUCAAA